AUGCCGAUCAUGGCUGAUCUCUUGGGGCUCAGUCCACUCAGAUUUCACUAUGCUUACUUUAUUCUUGUGCCGACGAUUGCCAGUGUCAUAUUCUACACGGCUUCGACGCAGAUCCAUGAGCUCCACUAUGUUGAUGCUCUGUUCAUGUGUUUCAGUGCUAUGACGGGGACGGGACUGAAUGUGGUAUGUUUGAGCAAACUUGUAUCGAAUUACGAACAAGGCACUCUUUUUACACUCCUUAUCAUUGGUCAUUCGAUUCCCAUUUUCGGAGUCGUCUCUUUGAUACGCCUCUGGGCGUUGCGAUAUACCUUGCACGGCAACUCGAACAAGGACAAAGCAGAGUCGAGUGCACCUUGCGCACCGAUUUUGCAACCACUGGAAAAACCUAUCCUCAAUGACAAAAUAGAUGCCCUUGCUUCCAUAAUGGAGAGUAAGGAAACGACCAUCACAGCUGUGAUAGAGAUUCCAGCGGACGUUUCAACCCCAGACGACCCCAAGGCUCCAUGGAAUGACUAUGGCUUCAUUGUUCUCACGGAUGGAACACACUCUGAACAAAGCCAACAACUCACUUCCAUUACUAUCAUCAGCGAAGAAAAAAAAACCAGCAAUGACAAGGGAUCGACUUCACAUAAAGCUAGCAGGAUCCAGUGCAUCAUUCGACGUGCAGCGGCCCGUCUAACCCGUCAAAUUUCGAUUGAGUACGAUGGACCUGGUGGAUUGGAGUAUUUGGCGCUUUCGUUGAUUUCAGGGCUGGUGUUACUUUACUUCAUUAGCUUCCUUCUCCUCGGAAUCAUUGUCCUUGGUUUCUGGUCUAAGUUUGUUCGUCCGGAUGUCCCACAAGAGGAUCACACCAACCCAUUCUGGGCUGGCGCAUUUCUAGCCACAUCCGCACUCUCAAAUAACGGCAUGUCUCUCAUCGACACCAAUAUGGGUCCAUAUCAGAAAGAGGCCUUUCCGCUUCUUGUCUGCGGUAUUCUCAUUCUCGCUGGAAACACGUUGUUUCCCUGUCUUUUGCGACUACUCAUCUGGGCCCCAAGAGCAAUGAUGCCAGAUACACCUAAUUGGCAGUCGUUGCGGCGAACUUUCGAUUUUACUCUAGCUAAGUCGCAGAAUGUCUGCGCCUAUUUGUAUCCAGCUUGGCACACAUGGUUCUUACUUGGUACUGUGAUUAUUCUCAAUGCUAUCAUGUGGGGUGCUUUUGAGGUUUCUGCGAUUCACAACGAGGAGAUUCGCUCUCUGCCACCCAAGUUUCAAGUCCUUGAUGGUCUUUUCCAAGCACUAGCGGUGCGCGGUGGUGGCUUCUCAGUCGUCGCAUUCGAUCGGUUACCACAAGGCCAGCUCAUUCUAUACGCUUUCAUGAUGUCUCAGCUGCUAUCAGGUAUUCCCUCUCUCAAGCCCGCUAGUCAAUCGUCUGUUCUCACAGGUAUCAGCUCCACGGAAAUCACAAAAAUAUGGACCAGAAAAGAUACCAACGAAGAGGAAAAUCGCCCACGGCCCUCGAGCUUCGUUCGGGGUCGCUUCGUCUACCAUCAACUUCGCUCGCAGUUCAGCCAUGACAUCUGGUGGCUUUCCCUAGCCAUCCUUCUCAUAACUGUCACGGAAUCCGAUCACUUCAACACCAAUCCCUUGGCAUUCUCCACGUUCAACAUCAUCUUUGAAUCGAUCUCUGCAUACAGCUGUGUUGGUGUGACGGUCGGAUUCCCCGGUCAGAGCUUCGCGUUCUGUGGCGCGUGGCAUACAUUCAGCAAGCUAUUGCUCAUUGCAAUAUCACUGCGAGGAAGGCAUCGUGGCCUUUCUGUUAUCAUUGAUCACACCGCCCUUUUUCCUCAUCCACAGGGCGAUCAUGAAGAGCACUUCAUAAGUCAGGACCAAGGCAAGCAUGUAGCUAUGAAGGAAGCGCCGUUGGGUCUCGUCUGA